CAUGUUUUGAAAGAUGGCAGCCGGGGAGCUGAGGUGUUGGCAGUAAAUUACAUGGCAUUCACAGAGUAUAUUUCUUAGCGGCGGUCCCUUUAAGAACUGGAAUGCGGCGCUCUAUGAAUUGUUGAAGAAUAGACAGAAAACAUUUCUCAGAGACUGUAUAUGAUGGCAGUAGUGUACGAGUUCGUGUGGCGGAUGCUGCAUGCCCUGCUACACCUCCAGCGAACGAUUCUCUCCUGGUUCCGAAUCAGCAUUUGGAACUGGAACUGGCGUCUUUGGAGACGGGCAGUGGCGGCGGUCCUAGUGCCGGCUAUGUUUGGAUUUCAGAACCACCCGCACAAUAACAAGAAGCUGGUCCCGGGAGGCGGCAAGAAGAGCUGCGGCAGGGUCAGGUGGAAAUCAGAUGGCAAGUCCCUUGAAAAGCUUCCACUUCACGUAGGCUUGCUGAUAGCUGAAGAGGAGCCCCGGUACACAGACAUAGCCAACCUGGUGGUCUGGUGCAUGGCAGUGGGCAUCUCCUAUGUUAGUGUCUACGAUAAUCAAGGUAUCUUCAGGAGAAACAACUCCAGACUCAUGGAUGAAAUCCUGAAACAGCAGCAGGAGCUCCUGGGCCUGGACUCCUUGAAAUACUCAGUUGAGUUUUUAAAUAAGAGUAACGACAAACCAGAACAGCAAGUUUUAUCGUGUCAAGCCACAGUUAAAGUGUUGUCUCCGGACGAUGGGAAACCAAGCAUAGUGAAAGCUGCUCAGAAGUUCUGCCAGUUAGUGGAACACCAACAACAAAGGUCCACAGACUUGGAUGUAAAUAUGCUGGACAGUCUGCUUAGAGGUACAAAAGGAAUGCCAGAUCCUGAUUUAGUGAUGAAGUUCGGCACUGUGGACAGUACGUUAGGAUUCCUUCCCUGGCACAUCAGACUCGCAGAGAUUAUUUCUUUGCCCUCUCACAUAAACAUCAAAUAUGAGGACUUUUUCAGUGCCCUGAAGUGCUACGCUGGCUGUGAACAACGUCUAGGGAAGUGACCCCUUAGAGUGGACUGAAAACCAUGCCACAGUGCAAGAAAAGGGACCUGCCAUUUCUUGAUGUUUACAAGAAGCCAAGAACAACAAACACAAUACCAGUUUGCCGCUAUUUCAAUUGUUUUAUUUGAAUUCAUCAAUCAAGGUUAAUAAAGCGUCUUAUUGCCUCUGAAUGGUUAGCUCAGCAUGUGUUUGUAAGGGUCUGAAAUGUAUGUUCAAAAGUCUGAAUUUAGAAGCCAGCAAAGUCCCUUGAAGGGCAAGUCUCAUAUGUAAAAUGAACAUCUGCCAGCAACAUCUGGAUUAGCAGUAUGGUGUAUAAACGUUAUUUUAUGAUCCAAGGAUUUCAAACCAAAUCAAUUAUCAGUCUAGUGUUUUGGCACUUUUUUAAAAAAAAUUUUAGUAGAUAUAACAUUCUCCAGAGAUGAUAUAAGAAAGCAAGAACGUCCUGUUAAAAGAAAAAGAAGGUGAAGUGUGGAUUCUCAUGGUUUCUGUAAAUAGCAUUGGGCAACAUGAAACCACCACCUGUAAAAUGUUGGAAAAUACUAUUAAACCAAUGGAUUAUUUUCUUAAUGUUCUAAAACCUGCCUGCGGUUAGUUGGAAUAUAAUAUUUGAUGUGGUGCUAUAGUCUCGGAGUAGUUCUGUGUGAUAAACUUGUUAUUUGUCACAAAUCCCUUUACACUAGAAGCAGUCAUUAGCAGGCAGCUUUACCAGCCACAGACCCUUUCAAAAAGAGUUCCUAGAAAGUAAAGCAAGACAUGUUCACUUAGUGGUUUGAGCUGAGGGCUGGGAGCCAGGCAGUCUACCUGGAUUACCAGUGCUGGUUGCAGUACAGGUAUGUGCUGUGUCUAAUUCUACAAAACUAAAUUUAAAAUAUUAUAGUCUUUUGCAGGAAAAUAUUUUUUCUUUACACAAUCAACAAAUACCAUUAAAUACAAAGGGACAUUUUAACAACGCUAUUUAAAUUGCAUGUAAUGCUACUUUCUCUUUAAAGUAGCAUUUCUAAAUAAUAUACUGGUAUAGGAAAACAGCAGUCAGGUGAUUAGAGCAGUUUUUUUUAUUUCUUUUUUAUAUAUAUAUAUAUAUAUAUAUAUAUAUAUAUAUAUAUAUAUAUAUAUAUAUAUAUAUAUAUAUAUAUAUAUAUACUGAAUGACUAGCACUAUGUUUUAAUUGCACUGAUUAAAAUGUAUCAUGUCAACUUAAUGUUUUUUUGUUUUUUUUAUCAAUGUUUUGUAACAAAUGUUUGAGUUCCUCUUGUCUGCUGAUAACAGUUGAUAGAGACCGUGAACGUCAGUUUGUACACCAUGCUUCUAACCCUGGAUUUGUAAUACAAUGUAUAAUGAUUCAGGUAAGAAAACCCUUGUUCUUCUUGUAAUUAAUCUGUGAUAUUUAUCAAAUGUUGGGCAGGAGUUUGAAGGGUCCUGGGCUCUCUAACACUUCCCAGACAGCAAAAAAGGGAUGGUAAAAGGUAGAGUACUAUCAAAAUAUACUAUCGAUUGCAUUCAAAUGUGAUGACACCUUUUAUUAUUAUUUGUAAAAUGUAGUACAUAUGCAGAAGUGUCCUUAGUAAACAGCUACCCCAUUGACCCCCCCUCCUCCAUUUAUAAAAAUAAAUGUUCUAAAUAUCUCUGAAGACAAUGAUUCUGUUCCUUUUUCAUACCAGUUUUUCCACCAUUAAAAUGUGAGUAACUUUUUUAGGUUAAAUAACUUCUUUAUUUAACCAAAUUUAGGACCAUGCCUGGUUCCUCAUUUACAUACUCCUAUUUGUAUUUGGUCAUAAAAUAAAAGCUUGCGUCUGAUUUUAGUAAAAAUAUAUUUUAACCCUGACAGAUUUUGCCACCACUUUUUACAGUCACUUAUUGCAACACGGCUUGCCAUCUGAAAGUGUAAGGCGUGAACUGCAAGACGUGUAAGACAUUAACCACGCUGUGCUCGGUAUACUGGUGAUGGAAACGUUCACGGUUAUUGAGAAGUUCUUAGAAGUCAAGUCAAUAUCUAAAAUUGAUAUUGCUUGCAAAGUAUUUAACGUAAUGGUAUUGAAUUAAAGUACAAUCUUCAGUGUACAGCUAUGGCCAAAAGUUUUGUAGUUUAUAUGAUUCUUUCAUAAAUUAUGUUCAUAUAGUUUUUUUUUUUGUUUGUUUGUUUUUUUUUUAAAUUAAAAAAUUUGUGAUGCAAAACUUUUGGCCAGAGCUGUAGGAAUUGUUUUACUAAUACCCAGGACCCUUUGUAACCUAAGGCAAUUUAUUUAAAAAAGGCAACUAAUAGGCAAUAUAAUAGUUUUUUUUACCAAAGUGGAAUGCUAAAAGAUACAAUGCUUUUAUACUUUCAAAAACAAAAAAAAAACAUCACGUGGUGUGCAUCACCAUUUCAUAACGAGGGUUAGCAUUCACAAAUGCACAAAUCAUUUAAAAACAUAUAUAUUGAAACACCGAAGAGGUCACCUUUUUGGUUCUGCUUUUAUUUAAAAUGAUUUGAAACACUAAAAUCUCCUGAGAAGUUCACUACCUGUAGUUCUGUUUGGUUAGCUUUUGACGGACUACAGUUACAGAAAGAAAAAAAAAAAGUAAUGAUGUAUGACAAGACCUCCCUGGAUUUGCAGUAACAGUACUGGCUAGUGGGAGGUUUGACACACACAAAAAAAAAAAUGAAUGGAACAUGUUAGCCACCUGCAUUGCUCAUUGAUUUUCCUGCUCUUUGUUGUACUGAUUCCUUGCAUACAAAUAUGUAUGCUAAUUUUUUUGUUUGUUUUGCAAGGUGGAAGAGGUGUCAUCAGAGGUUUGAAGUUGCAAACAGUGCCAAAUACACUGUGAAACCCAGCUAAUGCGCUAUGAAUGUGUGUUUUUUCCUUUGUUCUCGAUUAGCGCUUAUGUAAAAUGUAACUAUACAGUGGUGUACAGUGUGUAGAUCUAUAUCGUUGUUGUAAUUGGCUAUUGUAAAUAAUGUGUAAAACAAGUUUUACAAAUCAGGAACCCGACUACUUGGACUUUAUUUAAAACAAAAAUUUCAAAAAAAAGUUGACAACAUGUACCUGUGUAACUAUUAUUCUAAAUGAAGACAUAAAUGAUAAAUAAAUCGGUCUUUCGAGAAAUGUAUCCGUCCCACUGUGUUUUUUAUUGCAAACUUCUUUAACCUGCCAUUCCCCUGUUAAAACAACCACAGCAACAAAAGUUGUGUUUUAACUCCCUGUUUUGAGAGAGUAAUGUACAUAUUUCAUACUUCAGAGAUUCAAAUAUAAAGAGUGAUCCAUGAGAAACAACCCAACAUCCGUAUAGGUUUUUCAUCCCCAGUCGUGACACUAUUUUGAGUCACGAUGGGAUGGAUGUUACAGUGGUUUUUUGCACUUGCUGAAUAGGGCUGAUGUGAAAUCCACUUGACUGCAUUGUUGUAAUAUCCAUAAAUCAUUAAGUCCAGCAGCAGUGGCUUGAGCACAAAGACUACUAAUUAAACAUACUUUGAAUCCAAUCUGAUAAAUAAUAUUGUUCAGAGACUGCUUCUGUAUUUUGCAUGCAAAUUGAGUAAAAGUGCCUUCUUUCAAA